AUGUCAACACUCGCAGACGAGCUCCUCCAAGACUUCGAAGGAUCUGGGUCCGAAGCCGGGGGCGACGAGCACGAUGAUGGCCUCUUCGGUGAGGCGGGCCUGUCGGGCGACGCCCAGGCAAAUGGAGGAGACACAUCUAUGGAAGAAGUCCGCGAUGAGGACGAGAACGCAGAUGAAGACGCCGACAUGAUAGACGGCGUUGACGGCAACGCUGCCGCCGCCGCCGCCGGUGACGACGACGACGCGAAGACGAGAAUCGAGAAGAUGCAGCUAGGAGGUGUUCGCGACGUGCGCACCAUUGCAGGGCUCAUGAAGACCCUGACACCAGUUCUUGAGAAAAUCGCACAUUAUCAAUCACAAACCGCCGACCCUGCAGACAGCAUCGGCAAUGUGGAGGACCAUCCCGAGUACCACCUCCUAACGCAGUCGAACGGUUUAUCCACCCAAAUCGAUAACGAGAUCGUGCUCGUACAUAAGUUCAUCCGGGACCACUACUCGGUGCGGUUCCCGGAGCUCGAAACCCUGAUCACCAACCCUCUAGAAUAUGCCAAGGUGGUUGCGAUCUUGGGCAACGGGCCCCUGGACGCGGAGAGCAUCAAGUCACUCCAGGUGUCAACAGACAAUCCCCUGGGCGUGACGCUGAAGUCGGUACUCGAUGGCCCGUCCCUGAUGAUUGUUACGGUGGAGGCCACAACGUCCAAGGGCCGGGCCAUGUCGCAAGAACAACUGCAGCGGGUGAUACAGGCAUGCGAGAUGGUCAUCUCUCUGGACAAGGCCAAGAGAACCUUGACCGAGUAUGUGCAGUCACGCAUGAACGUCUUCGCGCCGAAUUUGACGGCACUCAUCGGCUCUCUGACGGCGGCGCAACUGCUCAACCAGGCUGGCGGUCUCACGGGCCUCUCCAAGACGCCAGCGUGCAACCUACCUGCAUGGGGCUCGAAGAAGCAGGCCAGUGCAGCGCUGGCCACAAACGUCGGCAUUCGGCAUCAAGGUUUCAUAUUCCAGUCGCCUGUCAUCCGGAGCAUCCCAAGCGAUCUCAAGAAACAAGCCAUCAAGAUGUUCGCCAACAAGAUAGUCAUGUGCGCUCGCACCGAUUGUUUCCACCAGUUCCGCGACGGCUCCGAAGGCGAGCGGUUGAAGGACGAGUGCCUCGACCGUCUAGACAAGCUGCACCAGAAGCCCCUGAGCAAAGGUGCACGCGCAUUGCCAGCACCCGACGACAAGCCGAGCAGGAAGCGCGGAGGACGCCGCGCCCGCAAGGCCAAGGAAGCGACAGCCAUAACGGAGCUGAAGAAGGCCCAGAACCGUGUGGCCUUCGGAAAGGAGGAGCAAGAGGUCGGCUAUGGAGUCGGCGACCACACCGCGGGUCUAGGCAUGAUCGGGCAGCGCGACGACGGGCGGCUGCGCGUGGCCCAGAUCGACCAGCGGACACGUGCCAAACUGAGCGCGAAGAGCAAGGGUUGGGGCGGCGCCAGCUCUCUCAGCGGCAGCGCAUCGUCGCUCAGAGGCCUCACUGGAGGCGGAGCCACCAAUCUGACUCUGGCCAGCAGCAAGGGGUUGCGGACAUCGGGUGUCGGGACCAGCUUGGGCUCGACCGCAGGCACCGUGUCAUCGCUUGCCUUCACUGCGACUCAAGGCCUGGAGCUGGUCGAUCCCAAGGUGCAGGCCGAGCUCAGCCGCAAGCGCAAGGCGGACGAGGAUAGGUGGUUCAAGAGCGGCGCCUUCACUCAGGUUGGAGGGGGAAGCAAUGACGGAGUUUUCAAGAAGCCUGAACUGCCGCCGAGCAAGAGGCUUGAUACAGGUUCAACCAAGUCGUAG